AUGGCAGACCGCGGCGUGGAUUUAUCCGCCCUGCCAAAAGAGGUUAGGGACCAAUUGGCGGAGUUGGACCUGGAGCUGUCUGAAGGCGACAUCACGCAGAAAGGCUAUGAGAAGAAGAAGGCCAAGCUGCUCUUCUCCUACCUCCCCCAGCUGCCAAAUGCAGAACUGUCUCUCCCGGAUGUGCAGUUGUCCCCAGCUCACAGUGGGGACCCCAGCCCUGAGGCCCCGGGCCCCUCCUCUGCUGCCAAACACCACCGUGCUCACCGCAGCGGAGGAGCCCGCGACGAGCGAUACAGAUCAGACAUCCACACAGAGGCAGUACAAGCUGCUCUGGCCAAGCACAAAGAAGAGAAGAUGGCUCUGCCCAUGCCAACCAAAAGACGCUCUGCCUUUGUCCAGUCUCCCAUGGACGCCUGCACUCCUCCAGAUACAUCGUCUGCCUCUGAAGACGAGGGCUCUCUGCGCAGAAAGGCAGCUCUAAGUGCAGCUUUGGCCCAGAGUCUGCAGAGUCCUGAUUAUUGGAUCAACCGAUCCGUCCAAAGCUCUUCCACAUCCUCCUCCGCCUCCUCCACCCUCUCCCAUGGAGAGCCUAAAAGCCAGCCCCAGCCACAGCCCUCGCCUGCUGCCUCUGUGCUGGCAGACGUACUGGCACACACAAGAAUAGAGAACAGUGUCCCUCCAGAUGUGACGACCACCACUCCUCAGGACAGGGGCUCCCGAGUGGAUUUGGCCCCUGCCGUUCGCGGCAUGAGUCGGGGACAGAGCCGCUCCAGCAUGUUGGAGACAGCUGAUGGCGUGCCGGUCAAUAGCAGAGUGUCCACUAAAAUCCAGCAGCUCCUAAACACUCUUAAACGACCCAAAAGACCUCCGCUCAGUGAAUUCUUCCUUGAUGAUUCCGAGGAAAUUGUGGAAGUUCCUCAGCCUGACCCCAACACCCCAAAGCCCGAGGGGCGUCAGAUCAUCCCAGUGAAAGGAGAACCUCUAGGGGUGGUCAGUAACUGGCCCCCUGCUCUACAGGCUGCACUCGCCCGCUGGGGUGCCACUCAAGCAAAGAGCCCUGCCCUCACCGCUCUAGAUAUUACAGGGAAACCUCUGUACACCCUCACUUACGGCAAGCUCUGGAGUCGAAGUCUAAAACUUGCAUACACGCUGUUGAACAAACUUGGCACAAAAACAGAGCCUGUGCUGCAGCCUGGAGAUCGAGUGGCGUUGGUUUACCCUAAUAGUGACCCUGGAAUGUUCUGGGUAGCUUUCUACGGCUGUCUCUUAGCUGAGGUUAUCCCUGUGCCAAUUGAGGUGCCAUUGUCCAAACAGGACGCAGGCAGUCAACAGAUCGGCUUCUUAUUGGGCAGCUGCGGUGUUAGUCUGGCUCUUACCAGUGAAGUGUGUCUCAAAGGACUCCCCAAAACUCCCAAUGGAGAGAUCGUCCAAUUCAAAGGAUGGCCCAGGAUGAAGUGGGUGGUGACCGAUACCAAGUACUUAACCAAACCUUCAAAAGAGUGGCAACCUCACAUCCCCACAGCCAACACAGACACUGCCUACAUUGAGUACAAAGCAACAAAGGAGGGGACAGUCAUGGGAGUAGCUGUUUCAAAAAUUGCAAUGUUGACUCAUUGUCAAGCUCUCAGCCAGGCCUGCAAUUACUGUGAAGGGGAGACACUUGUUAAUGUGUUGGACUGUAAGAAGGAUAUGGGACUAUGGCAUGGCGUUUUAACGAGUGUCAUGAACCGAAUCCACACCAUCACAGUGCCAUAUGCAGUUAUGAAGGCCUGUCCCAUGUCCUGGGUGCAGAGGGUCCAUAUCCACAAAGCACGUGUGGCCUUGGUGAAGUGCCGGGACCUUCACUGGGCCAUGAUGGCCCACAAGGACCAAAAAGACACAACCCUUUCCUCUAUACGGAUGCUAAUAGUAGCUGAUGGAGCCAAUCCUUGGUCUGUGUCCUCAUGUGAUGCCUUUUUGAAUGUGUUUCAAUCUCACGGCUUAAAGCCAGAAGUCAUCUGUCCAUGUGCCACUUCACCUGAGGCACUUACUGUUGCCAUCCGCAGGCCUGGAGCACGUGGAGCUCCUCUUCCGGCACGUGCUAUCUUAUCAAUGGGAGGGCUCAGUUAUGGUGUCAUUAGAGUCAAUACAGAAGACAAGAACUCUGCGCUAACAGUUCAGGACGUGGGUCACAUCAUGCCUGGGGCCCUGAUGUGCAUUGUGAAGCCUGAUGGGCCUCCGCAAUUGUGUAAAACGGAUGAAAUUGGAGAAAUUGUGAUUAACUCUCGUGCUGGUGGAACCAUGUACUAUGGUCUGCCUGGAGUCACCAAGAACACUUUUGAGGUGAUCCCAGUGAACCAGGCUGGAACCCCAAUAGGAGAAGUGCCCUUUGCUCGCACUGGUCUGCUGGGAUUUGUUGGACCAGGAAGUCUGGUGUUUGUCGUGGGAAAAACAGAGGGGCUGCUAUCGGUGAGCAAGAGGCGGCACAACGCAGAUGACCUGGUGGCUACAGCGCUGGCUGUGGAGCCUGUGAAAACGGUUUACAGGGGAAGGAUUGCAGUGUUCUCAGUGACAGUGUUUUAUGAUGAAAGGAUAGUGAUUGUAGCUGAACAAAGACCUGAUGCCAGUGAAGAGGAUAGCUUUCAGUGGAUGAGUCGAGUUUUACAGGCCAUUGACAGCAUCCAUCAGGUGGGCCUGUACUGUCUUGCACUUGUUCCAGCCAACACUCUGCCAAAGACGCCUCUGGGAGGAAUCCACAUCUGUGAGACCAAGCAGAGUUUUUUGGAUGGAAAUCUACAUCCAUGUAACAUCCUACUGUGCCCACAUACGUGUGUCACCAACCUGCCCAAGCCACGGCAGAAACAGCCUGUGGAUGUUGGACCUGCUUCAAUGCUUGUGGGAAACCUUGUGGCAGGGAAGCGUAUUGCUCAGGCCACAGGUCGAGAGUUGAGCACGGUGGAUGAUCAGGACCUAAUACGAAAGCUCAGUAUGUGGCCUACAAUGAUGCACCAGUUUUUGUCAGAAGCGCUGCAGUGGAGAGCACAAGCCGAUCCUGACCAUAUUCUCUAUGUGCUUCUCAAUGCCAAGGGGGCAGCAGUCUGCACAGCCACAUGUGCCCAGCUUCACAAGAGAGCAGAGAAGAUCACAGCCACUUUACUGGAGAGAGGAGGCCUUAAACCAGGAGACAAUGUGGUGCUGCUAUAUCCCCCUGGUAUCGAUCUUAUUGCUGCCUUUUACGGUUGUCUAUAUGCGGGAGUCAUCCCUGUGACGGUCAGACCGCCCCAUCCACAAAACCUGGCUGCUACGCUCCCCACUGUUCGCAUGAUCAUUGACGUGAGCAAAGCUGCGUGCAUUCUUACCACUCAGCCUCUCAUGAGGAUCCUCAGGUCGAGGGAAGCAGCUGCCAGUGUCAACAUCAAGACCUGGCCUACCAUCAUUGAUACAGAUGAUCUUCCCAAAAAGCGACCCCCAAGCAUCUACAAACCCCCCACAGCAGAGAUGUUGGCCUACCUGGACUUCAGUGUGUCCACCACAGGGAUGCUGACUGGGGUCAAGAUGUCCCAUGCAGCAAUUAGUACUCUGUGCCGCUCUAUUAAGCUGCAGUGUGAGCUCUACUCUUCUCGCCAAAUAGCCAUAUGCCUCGACCCGUACUGCGGCCUGGGCUUUGUUUUAUGGUGCCUCUCCAGUGUUUACUCAGGUCACCAGUCCAUCCUUAUCCCUCCUUUGGAACUGGAGAGUUCGCUGCCAUUGUGGUUGAGUACUUUAAGUCAGUACAAGAUCAGAGACACAUUCUGCUCCUACUCGGUCAUGGAGCUCUGCACUAAAGGGCUGGGCACACAGACGGAAAUACUAAAGACUCGGGGAGUGAACCUAUCCUGUGUGCGCAGCUGUGUGGUGAUAGCAGAGGAACGCCCCCGUCUCGGUCUCUCCAUGUCUUUCUCAAAGCUUUUUAAAGAUCUGGGCCUUUCGUCUCGGGCUGUGAGCACUGCCUUUGGAUCCAGAGUCAACCUGGCCAUUUGCUUACAGGGUACUGCUGGUCCGGAUCCCUCGACUGUCUAUGUAGAUAUGAAGUCACUACGACACGACAGGGUCAGGCUGGUAGAGCGAGGAGCACCGCAGAGUCUUCCACUCAUGGAGUCCGGCACUAUCCUACCAGGCGUGAGGGUGAUCAUUGUGAACCCAGAGACCAGAGGCCCACUGGGAGACUCUCAUCUAGGAGAGAUCUGGGUGAAUAGUUCACACAGCGCCAGUGGUUACUACACAAUCUAUGGAGAAGAGAACUUACAAGCUGACCACUUCAACACCAAGCUCAGCUUUGGAGAUCCACAAACCGUGUGGGCCAAGACCGGAUACUUGGGCUUUAUCAAAAGGACGGAGCUUUUGGAUGCAAAUGGAGAUCGUCAUGAUGCCUUGUUUGUGGUGGGCUCCCUUGAUGAAACAUUGGAGCUGAGGGGGUUGCGGUACCACCCCAUAGACAUUGAGACUUCAGUCUCUCGAGCACAUCGCAGCAUUGCCGAGAGUGCCGUGUUCACGUGGACCAACUUGCUGGUGGUGGUGGCAGAGCUGAGCGGGUCGGAGCAGGAGGCUUUGGACUUAGUGCCUCUUGUCACUAAUGUGGUUUUGGAGGAGCAUCACCUGAUUGUGGGUGUGGUGGUUAUUGUGGACCCUGGGGUUAUUCCCAUCAAUUCCAGAGGCGAGAAGCAGCGAAUGCACCUACGAGACUCAUUUCUGGCAGACCAACUGGACCCCAUCUAUGUGGCCUACAACAUGUGA